CACAUGUAUGAACAGUGGUACUAAGGAGACGGAAGAAUGCACACCAGCAGUUCUCCAAGAGUAUUAUAAAUGGAAGACGAGAAAUGCCAUGUAACAACACAUCGCUGGCAACCACAGGUGACGACGACCCACCAUGAGCUCCCCCGUCACGAAGCUGGCCGCGGAGCUCGUCACCCCCGGCGAGCAAACGCCUUGCGCCACCCUGCCCCUCUCCUCCCUGGAUCACGCGAUGGGCCUCAGGUUCUUGGUCGAGAUGAUCGCCGCGUACGGCCGCCACGGUCCGGAGGAGGAGCCUCCAGCGAAGGCCAUAAAAGGCGCCUUGUCCAAGGCGCUGGUCCCUUACUACCCCGUCGCGGGCCGCCUCGUGGUCACGGGGGAGGGGGAGCUGCAGGUCGCGUCUACCGGCGACGGCGUGUGGUUCGUGGAGGCCACGUCUCGUUACAGCCUCAGCGACCUCAAGGAUCUCGAGUUCCCUCUCGCGAUCCCCAAGGAAGAGCUCCUCCCAUGUCCUCCCCCCAGCAUAAACCAACGACAAAUGAUACUAAUGUUGCAGGUUACACAGCUCCGUUGCGGAGGAUUCAUCGUUGGAGUCAAGUUCAACCACAUGGUUCUCGAUGGCGUUGGCGCGGGUCAACUCCUCGGAGCGAUAGCAGAGAUAGCGAGAGGUGCUGCGUGCCCCGCAGUUGACCCGAUCUGGCUUCGAGAGGCCAUCCCCUCUCCACGGAGGCUCCCACGGGAUCCCCCCACGACCACCUUCAGCUUCGUCCGGUCGCAGUGGGAGUUCCCCUUGGAGAGCAUCAACAAGUUCAAGGAGGAAUUCAUGAGAGAGACAUCCCACAGGUGCACCACCUUCGACGUCGCCGCCGCCGUUCUCUGGCGAUCCCGAGCUCGCGCCAUCAACCUGGACCUCCGCGCCGAUGUCCACCUCGUGUUCCCCGCGAACGUCCGCCCAUUCCUGCGCCAGCUGCUGCCGCCCGAAGGCGGCUACUACGGCAACUGCGUGUACUGCCUGACGGUCACAGCGACCAGCGAGGAGAUCACGCGCGCUCCGCUGAUGGAGAUCGUGAGAUUGAUCAGGGAAGCCAAAGCGAGUCUGCCGGUCAAGUUAGCCGAAUGGGCUGUGGGUGAUUUCAAGGACGAUCCCUUCAGAGUUCCCAUCGGCUACGACGCCUUGAACUUGUCAGACUGGCGAUCCGUGGGGUUCUAUGAGGUGGACUACGGAUGGGGACCGCCGCACUGCGUCGCUGCUCUCAACGACCAUGCCGUCUUCGCCGGCGGCAUCAUUCUGAGGCGGCCUGCGCCCAAUCAGGGGGGGGUGCGCUUCGUGGGGCAGGUCGUCUCUGAGGAGCACGAAGGUGUCUUCUUGGAGGAAAUGGAGAAGUUUACGUAGAAGUGCCGUGUAAUAUCGACCUGUUCGAUUACUUGCAUUAGUCCGACGGCUUCCCAACCACCAACGAUUCAUGAGGUGGUGGUGCUGGUGAAUCCGACGGCGAGAUUUAAACGUACUUGGGACUUAAGAUAAUAUUACCACUGAAUAAUUAGUUCU